GCGAUCCCUGUGCGACUGAGCGAGGCUUCCCAUUGGCUGACGUCCGUCACGAGUUGUUUGGGUGUAGUUAGGGAAAGAUGGCAGCCGACACAGGCAGAUACAGGAGCGCUGUCUCCAAAAGCAAAGACCCCUCCGGUUUACUUAUAUCUGUAAUAAGGACACUGUCCAGCAGUGAUGACGUGCAGGAUCGAGAGACGGAGAAGUUCCGCCUGGAGGACGCCUAUGAGAAGUGUGACCGAGAUCUGGACGAAUUGAUCGUUCAGCACUACACAGAGCUCACCACAGCCAUCCGAACCUACCAGAGCAUCACUGAGAGAAUCACCAGCUCUCGCAACAAGAUCAAACAGGUCAAGGAGAACCUGUUAUCCUGUAAGAUGCUCCUCCACUGUAAACGAGAUGAACUGAGGAAGCUGUGGAUCGAGGGUGUCGAGCACAAGCACGUCCUGAGCCUGCUAGAUGAGAUCGAGAACAUCAAACAGGUUCCUCAGAAAUUGGAGGCGUCUAUGGCUAGCAAGCACUACCUGCACGCCACGGAUAUGCUGGUCUCAGCGGUGGAUUCUCUUGAAGGACCCCUGUUGCAGGUGGAGGGUCUCGGCGACUUGCGACUGGAGCUCCACAGCAAGAAGCUCAACAUCCACCUGGUGCUAAUCGACGAGCUCCAUCGACACCUCUACAUCAAGUCUACUAGCCGUGUGGGUCACCGCGGCAAAGACAAGGACAAGGGACGGUCCGCUCCAAAGGACACAUCUGUUUUGGAUGUCGGUGGUUUGUCCACUCCACGCAAGCUCACAGAACCCUCACAGUUCAGCACCCCAGGAACAUCCAGCACCCGUGAGCUGCAGGAAAUGAGAGAGGACCAGGACGUGGACCCAGAGGAGAACAGCGCAGAGUUCAUGGGGAUCCUGAUCAAAGCUCUGGCCAAACUCAAGAAGAUCCCUGAGACCAUUAAAGCUAUCAUGGAGCGGCUGGAGCCUGAGCUCAAGCAAAUCCUCAAGAGAUCCACCACUCAGAUCGCUGACCACGCCUACCAGAGAGGAGAGAACCUGGCACAGGACAACCAGCCCAGGUUGUUGCUGGAACUGCUCGAGCUUUUGUUUGAUAAGUUGAAUGCAGUGGCCCAGGCUCACAGUGUGGUUCUCCGUCACCUACAGCAGAUUGUUGUCUCUCCCACUGGAGCCCAUGAAGGGAUCAAACUCUAUGAGCAAGCUGAUGUCUAUGCCAAAAUCCAAACCGUCCUACAGGUGCUGCUAAUGGACUACCUGGACGUCAAAAACACCCGUAGCGCUGCAGAGCCCUCUGCCCAGCUGUCCUACGUCAGCACCGGCGGAGACUUUGGAGCAUUCUUCUCCAAGAAGAAACCUGUCCGACCCAAACAGUCUCUAUUCAAAUUUGAGUCGUCUUCCCACGCCAUUAGCAUGAGCGCGUACUUGCGAGAGCAGCGGAGGGAGCUCUACAGCAAAAGCGGGGAGCUGCAAGGUGGAGCUGACGAUAACCUGAUUGAGGGAGGAGAGACUAAGUUCCUGUGUAAACCGGGAGCCAGAAACAUCACGGUCAUCUUUCAGCCAUUGCUUAGGUUCAUUCAGGAGAUCGAAUCCCGUAUGGGUCCUGCUCAGGCCAAGCAAUGUCAGCUGCGCACCUUCCUCACCUACUACAUCAACGACCUGUUCCUCAGCCAGGUCCGCACCGAGACCAAUAAGGAGAUUGAGGCUGUGACCAAAGUGUCUGACCCGCUCAAGAUCCUGGCCAGUGCUGACACUAUGAAAAACCUGGGAGUUCAAAGACCUGUUCUACAGAGCACUGUGGUUGUGGAGAAGUCAAUUCAGGAUCUAAUGAGUCUGAUGCAGGAUCUCAGUGCAUACUCCAACCAGUUCCUGGAGAUGGUCUGUGAUAAGCUCAAGGAGUACAAGGAGAUCUGCAAUGCUGCAUACAGGGGUAUCGUACAGUGCGAGGAGAAGUUGACCAUCAGUGCAUCCUGGGCUAAAGAUGAGGACAUCAGCCGUUUGCUGCAGUCUCUGCCCAACUGGGCCAGCAUGACCCAACCCAGACAGCUCAGACAGAAGAGAGAAGAGGAAGAGGACUUCACACGGGCGGCAUUUGCCAAGGAGUCUGAGGUGUUGACAGGGAAUCUGGGUGAUAAGUUGAUUCCACAGAAUGAGAUUCUGAGGGACGUCAGUGAUCUGAAGGCUCUCGCUAACCUGCAGGAGAGCAUGGAGUGGCUCGCCACUCGCCUCAGGGGCUUCUUUAGCAACCUGCCCCAGAGCUCCAGUCUGUCCCCAGGCUCAGAUGCUCAAGUGAAUGCCGAGAAUGUUCGCAGUCGAGAACAGAUUCUCCAGACGUUGACUGACCUCUCCAGAUCCUUCCAGGACAUUGCUGACCGCUGCCUGCUGGUGCUGCAUCUGGAAGUCAGGGUCCACUGUUUCCAUUAUCUGAUCCCUCUGGCAAAACAAGGCAACUACGCCAUCGUGGCUAAUGCAGCCAGCAUGGACUACGACCCCCUGGUGGUGAAGCUGAAUAAGGACAUCAGUGCCAUAGAGGAAGUGAUGGGAGCUGCCCUGCAGCAGCACAAGUUUCAGUAUAUCUUUGAGGGUCUGGGUCACCUGAUCUCCUGUAUUCUGAUAAAUGGAGCUCAGUACUUCAAGCGCAUCAGUGAGUCUGGCAUCAAGAAGAUGUGCAGAAAUAUCUUUGUCCUCCAGCAGAACCUGACCAACAUCACCAUGUCACGCGAGGCUGAUCUGGAUUUCGCCAGGCAGUACUAUGAGAUGCUGUACAAUACCGCCGACGAGCUGCUAAACCUGGUGGUUGAUCAAGGGGUGCGCUACACAGAGCUGGAGUACAUCAAUGCUUUGAGUCUCCUCCAUCGCAGCCAGACAGGCGUGGGAGACCUGACCGUGCAGAACAUGCGGCUGCAGCGCCUCAAAGAGAUCAUAUGCGAACAGGCUGCUAUUAAACAGGCUACCAAGGAUAAGAAGAUCACUACGGUCUAGACACUCAUGAUUAAACUAUAUCUACCAAUGCUCUGAAAGGGUCUGCAUUAUUGCCGUUCGUUACUGUCACAAGCUUUGAGUCAAGUCGCACUUUCAAGCAAACAUUAUAGUUGAUUUUGGUUUCAUUCCUAUUUUUAUACAUGUAUAUAUAACCAGGGCUUUUCGCACACCAAUGCACGCACAGACACACACGCUCGCAGAAGGAAAGCUCUAAUAAAUGAUUCCCUUGUACUGGUCUGGUUAGACCAGGCAACACCUUUCAGAGUGAGAGGAAGGAUUCUCUCACUGUGGCUCGGGGACAUUUUCGUCUCAUUUUCUUACUUUAUCAAACUGCUGCUCUCAAUUAUAGAAUCAUCCUGCGCUCCGUCUCCCUGCCCAGCCCGCAGCCUGUGCCUGGAAUAACAGAUGCCAGAUUAGAACGCCAGGCUUUUUUAUCAGGCAAAAAGAGAAACCGCUCGCCCGCCGCUUGUUGAUUUGUUCUUCUUUCUCAAGAGAGAACAUAGGAAUCGCUAAACACGUUCGGCAUUUCAUACAUUUCUCCCUACAUGUCGUGUGUGUAUGUUUGCUGAUUCUGUAUCAGCCCGUCAUCAUUAUGACACAGACAUCGAUUGUGAAAUCAUAAAGCUUUGAUGAUACUUUCAACAGUGGAUCUGUGGAUUCUUUGGCUGUUGGGUUUCUAAGCACUGAUAUAUUCAAAUAUCUAGACUGUCUACUAAAACUUUAAUUUGGAUCUGAACUUUUUGUCUUAUUCACGGCCUCUUGCUCAAACAGGCACAAAAAGCCACAGAUCACUCAUUCUCUGUGUUCCAGGCUAUUUUUAGUUCAUUAAUUAUGAAGAAUAGAACGAGAGAGAAAGCCAUCGAUACAGAACACAGGCGUUAAGCAGGAAGCCAACCGAGCAAUCCAUCAAAAUGACUCAACCGCUUGAAUCAAUAAUUGCCACCAGGUUGCCAAAGAGAGAAACACAGCAACGAUCUUUCAUAUUCUUUCUCCAUUAAAAUCCUGUUUGAAUGUUGAAGAUGUGUUUUAGUAAUGGUUAGGCAUUAUAAAUGUCAUGUCUGCCUUAUUUUAUUAUGCCUGUAAUGUGUUUAGUAUGAGGAGUCAUACUAAAGAUAGACAUAGAUAGUGUGUGUUUAAGUGCUAUUAUUGAGUCCCCAAUGUUGUUUAAAUGAAGUGUUGACCCGAGCGCUCCUGUUAGCAUUAUACUGUACAUUCAUCCUCAACUAUAAUAUUAACUUAGACAUCGCUGCAACAGAAUCGUAUGGGGUUUGCACAAUAUUGUGGCGAAUCAACACUAUUUCAUGCCUUUGUUUUUGUGGAUUUUUUAGUUAUGUAUUUUGUAGUGUAGCAUUUAUUAACAUUUGAGAGGGAUGUACAUGCUUGUAAAUUUCAAUUAAUUGCUUUCAAUAAAGAAGUAUUUCAUCCUGAGAAGCCUCUCACAGCCCCAGACUACUGGAUUUGAACUGAAUUUUGCCAAUGUUAAUGUCAAAAUGAAAAUAAAGAUAUAUUACAGGAGAAAAAA